GGGGGUUGGACUACGGAAGCCGGCGAAGGAGGGUUAUGAAACCAGGAAGCGAUCAUCAGGAGAGUGGAGACACGCAUGAUUAUGUACUCCUUCUGUUUUCAAAGGAGAACUAUCUAAUGAGAUAUUAUAUACUAUAGUACGCUUUUAUUACAACUCUAUGGUUCACGGUAAGGGUCUUCUGUUGAGGGAUUUAUUUGAGUGAAACGCGUUUGUAACAUCGCUCAGUAACUCAUUCACCAAGGUCACUCUUAGCAGUGGAUGUGGGAGCUGAGCCUUCAGUCCAUGUGAGUAUAGGAAAGUUCAAAGACUGUAGUGCAAGUUGCAGUAUGGCUGGAUUAAUCAACUUUGAAGAUGAGAAGGAAGUGAAGCAGUUUUUGGAUAAUUUGGGAGUAGAGUACAGCUUCCAGUGCUACAAAGAAAAGGAUCCUGAAGGGUGCCAAAGGCUCGCAGACUACUUUGAAGGGGUGAAGAAGAACUAUGAAUCUGCAGCACAAGUGCUCAAACAGAACUGUGAGACGCACGGACAUGGAGAGAGCUGCUAUAAACUGGGGUCUUACCAUAUCACAGGCAAAGGUGGAGUGACUCAGUGUCUGAAAACAGCAUACUCCUGCUUUAUGCGCUCCUGCAAUGCUGGAGGAAAGAAGUCUAUAGAUUCCUGCCAUAACGUUGGUCUGUUAGCCCACGAUGGACGAGCUAUGGAGGGAGGACCCGACCUCACAGCAGCUCGGCAGUACUACGAGAAGGCCUGCGCUGGUGGCUUCGCUCCGUCCUGCUUUAACCUCAGCGCUUUGUUGAUUGAGGGCAAUUCCAAAGGCCUGCCACCAGAUAUGACUGCAGCUUUGAAGUACGCUAACAGGGCUUGUGAGCUGGGACAUGUGUGGGGCUGCGCCAAUGCUAGUCGUAUGUACAAACUUGGGGAUGGUACGGAGAAGGAUUUAAAGAAAGCAGAGGAGCUGAAAAAUCGAGCGAGGCAGCUGCAUGGUUUGGAGAAGGAAAGGCAGCUCAAGUUCGGGGAGUGAAUGUGACACAGUUAAAUUCAAGGCUCAUUGUUUUGGUUUGUCUACACACGUGGUGUUCAGUCAGGUUGGUUUUUGAGAACAAGUAUAAGUGUGCACAAACAAAACCUGUUCAGGAUGGUUCAAAGGCAAGAGAUGGUCUGUUUAAAAAAAGAUGGUGAACAUUUUUACAUCCUUUACACUCUGUAGACACUGUUUGUAUAGGAAGAUUUCAGCCAAAUGUAUUCAAGAUAACGUAAAUUUAAACAAUAAAAUGAAUUGUGAUUCA